CCUCUUUCCACAGCAAACUGCCCAAGUAUUUGAAAUAAGCCAUCCUCAUUGAUUCUUCAGAGUUCACUCCGACAUACCGACUUACACCGGCCGACCACCUCCAUGCACGCCGGCGUAGACUCAUCUGGCAGCCGGUGGCCUCCUUCCUCAAUUCCUCUACUGUGAGAUUGCAACUCUUGAAGAUAUUUUUAAGCUGUGUGCAGGAGAGGGAGCAAAAUAUGGUACUGGUGAAAUUUGUUUAGGGAUGAACAUCUGGAAUCUUCCUGGGUGCUAUAUGAAGUGUAAUAAGAGGAUCUUCAAAUCUAAAGCAUAUUUGGCGGUUUUGCAGACACUUUUUCAAUUUAGGAGCUUCACUACUCAUAGACUGAAAAGCAAUGAUAUCAAAAGUCUGAAUAAGGCACUGAGAAUUAUAGAUCUUGUGUCUCCCAAAUCCACUCAUGCUAACAACCAACAUUGCCAUUUGCAAAUUAUUCAGGACUUACUACAAACUCAUUCAAAGAAUCCUAAUGAAGAAAAAUCAUCCGAUGACUUUGCUGUCUCAUAUUUUGGAAACCAAAAUCUAUUUGAUCAAAUCCUUCCAUCUUCCCCUUUGAAGGAUGAUGCAGUUUCUGGGGUUUUUGAACUGCAUAGAGAAGGGUUAAGAAUUGAUGUUGCAGUGCUUUCAUAUGCACUAAGCGUUUGUGGGUAUAUAGGGAAUCUUCAUUGUGGAACCCAACUUCAGUGCCUAGUUAUCAGAUUUGGUUUUUCAGUAAAUGUUUAUAUUGGAAGCUCUUUGAUUAGCAUGUACUCAAAGUGUGGGGAUUUACGAUCUGCUUUUAUGGUGUUUGAAGAGAUGCCUGUAAGAAACAUUGUAUCAUGGACUUCUCUUAUUUCUGGUUUUGCACAGAGAUAUCAAGUUGAGAUCUGCUUGGAUCUUUAUAAUCAAAUGAGACAUUCAACUCUCAAACCCAAUGAUUUUACGCUAACAAGUCUAUUGAGUGCAUGUGUAGGUAACAGCUCUCUUGGACAAGGAAAAAUUGUUCAUUGUCUGGCCAUUCUAUCGGGUUUUGAUACUUAUGUUCAUGUUGCCAACGCUCUUAUCUCAAUGUAUUGCAAGUGUGGUGAUGUUGAAGAUGCAUUUUGUGUAUUUGAAGCAAUGCAUGAUAAAGAUAUUGUGUCAUGGAACUCUAUGAUUACAGGGUAUGCGCUGCAUGGACUAGCUUGGAGAGCAGUCGAUCUCUUUGAGGAGAUGAGACAGCAGAAAAUAAAGCCUGACAGUAUCACAUUCCUAGGUGUUCUCUCAUCAUGUCGUCAUGCUGGUCUUGUUAAAGAAGGUCAUAUGUAUUUUAAUUCAAUGGCAGAAUUUGGUGUGGAGCCUGAUAUGGCUCAUUACUCAUGCAUUGUUGAUCUUCUUGGUCGAGCUGGCUUGGUUGAAGAGGGCCGAAAUUUGAUUUUGGAGAUGCCAAUACAACCCAAUGCCAUUAUAUGGGGCUCACUUUUAUCUUCUUGUAGGCUUCACAAUAAUGUGUGGAUUGGAAUAGAAGCCGCUGAGAAUAGGCUUGCACUAGAACCUUCAUGUGCAGCCACCCAUGUACAACUUGCAAAGUUGUAUGCAAGAAUGGGAUUGUGGGACCAAGUGGCAAAAGUGUGGAAGAUGAUGAAAGACACAGAGCUCAGAACGAAUCCUGGAUACAGCUGGAUUGAGCUAGGGAAUGAAGUCAUCAGCUUUAGAGCAGAUGAUACUGCUAAUUCCAAAAUGAACGAGGUGCUCUUUAUGUUGGAGCUGUUGAAUGUUCAACUGAUGCCAGAUCAUGCGCCUGAAUCCCAUGGAGAGUUGGAUAGUUAUUCUUGAACCAUAGUUUCAUGAUGAACUGACAGGGUAAUGCUAAAGUACAAAUUUGUCCAGCUGCUACAUACGUUUUCAGCCAUCCACUGAUUGAUAUCAUGAGGUACAUGCAUCCCCCUGUUGAACUAUCAGAUUUUGAUUAAAUAUCAGUCAUGUUUUUUUUAAUGAAAUCCCAGUUUUUCGAACCAUAUCAUUUUACUACCUCCGAAUCUGAUUCGUUUGCUUUACCACUUACAUUGUAUAGUUUGUCGAGGUGCACCUUUGUGGUCUUGUGCAUCAGUGCAUGUAAUGGAAUAUUUUGUAAAAAUAGAACCUUGUGAUGACACGAUACUAAAAAGGACUUGUAGCCUGAUAGCAGCAUACUACAGGUUAUUUGUAAAUCACAAUACGCUACCAUUUAAACUCACAUGACUUAAUUUACCUUGUAUGUGGUCAGGCAAGCGCUACACAUGCUCAUAUACAUUCAGUUAAGUAUAUUGUUAGCUAUGUUGAUCAUAAUCUGAACCUGUUUCCUCAAUGGUUUUUCAAUAAUCAUUUUUAUUGUCAAUUAACGUGGUUGUGGAUCUUAAGAAAUCCAUUGUGGAUAUGAUUUCUUUUUGAGAAUCUGGUUUCUUUGGAUUGUGACUUUAGAUGUACGACUUUGACGAAGGAGAAGUUUCUCAUAUACCUGCUAAAACAUAUUGGGUGUACGGUACACCAGUUCCUAAGGGAUGUGCUGGGUUGUCUGUGCUUCACUAUAUUGCUCAACGGAAAAACAUAGAAACUACUUUAUCAAACUGAUAGUCUCUCACCACCACGAGAACUGCAUAGGCCAGUACAAGCCACUGAAUGUGAAAAAGACAGGAACAGAGGGCCGAUUUUGCACUAGCAUAGGAAAAUCUGGUAACAUAAACUUCGUUGAAAGAAAUGAGUAAUAAGCCCCUUGUCUAUGUCACAGGGAAUCUUAGUGGACUCUGGAGAGGUGAUGGUGGAUCUUAAGACCUUCCUUCAAUUCAUAGGACAGCCUAGAAGAGUAGAAGGCGAUGAGUCACAAUUUUAGCAUCGCGUCCCUGUCCCUUGGGGUCAGCUUGCGAAUAUUCGCCACGAGGACUCCGAGUUCAUCAAAUAGGAUCACUAAAAUUUGUCGCUGAGGUAACGGGAAUCAGUUUCAUUAAUAGCCCUGGUCAGACUAUAAUAUCCUGGCAAACAGGAGCCCUUGUUUCUGGCCAGGAGCGCCGCAGGUAAAGGAGUCACAGUGUUGAACUUGACAGAAAAUCUUGUGAACUACUCUCCUUUAUUUUCAACGAUGACACCUUCAACGAUGGCAAACAGGGCAGAGUUUCACCGAGAUCCAUCUGUUUUAAUCUUCAUAGAACCUGGAGGAGGCUUCUGAGCAAUAAUUUGGCGGGGAAGAGUGACCAGUGUUCCGUUCUUCUGAAAAGCAUAUUAUUGAGGUAAGCUAGGAGAGAGAAGUAGGCUCUCCAAUGUGUCUUUGAAGAUUGCUUCAUCUAUACUGCUAUAAGCCUAUGCUGCUCCCCAUCAGCAUAUGACCAUCUGUAAUGACAGCAUAACUGACGGCACAUUGGUUAUCAGGAUGCUAACUUAAGUUUCGACUUUUCGUGAAAGGAGUUACCACAUCAGUGCUGAUUUCUUCUUUGCUGUUGAGCACAUUUGACAAGAUGAUCCCUGGAUUGUCACUGUCCGAAGUACUUUUCACGUUAUCCAGGUGCGCUAUUUACCUUGGAAACUUCUUCUCAGAGACAUUUCACAACUUUGGUUUCUCUACCCUGUCCAGAUUUUUAGGGUCAGAUUAGUUAUUUGGGAUUUGAAGAUGUGAGAUAUCUGUGGGCUUUUUUGUGUUUUUGGUCGCAAUUUUUGCAAAUUUUGAAGUAGGAUUAUCAAAAAAGAUCGAGAGUAACUCAUUUGUACAGUAUACAUGCUCAACAAUGUAUCCACAAACUCUCAUGUAACUUAAUCCAAUUUUAUGCAAUGAUAAUCAUCUUGAUAACUCA